GCUAGCUUCCUAGAUGCAUGGAUGCAUUAUUUCAUCGGGAAAUGAUUGAUUUCUGUAUUUACACAAGUUCAAAGUUUAAAAAAAAUUGCAGCACUUAUCAACCGACAAAUUUUAAGAACAGUAAAACAGCGUCCAUUGAUCUUUGAUCAAUAUGCCACCCAAAAAGCGCAUAAAAGUCCACCUGUUUCGCGCCCGGCCCUUAGUUUGUCAGUGAAGUGUCCGUGUCUGGUGAAAAAUUUGCGUCCCGCUUCGACGAGUCGACGCACGACGAAAAUGAAACUCGCGGCUGUGAUUUUGGUUGCUCUGGUAGCAACUCUUGCCCCCGGUAGGGCACUGCCAGCAUCAACCUUUGAACUGCAGACAGAUGUCGAAACAGUGGACGAUAAACAAGUGCAACCCGCGGAAAGCACGGAAGUGGCCGAUCAGGUCGAAGAUAAAGAUCAUGUAGUGAAUACUCUGGAAACGACCGAAAAGGAUGCGGAAUCUGGUGUUACAACCGCGGAAACAACGGAAACCGUAGGAACUACAUCUACGACCAAUGCAGGUACAAGUGAAGUUGCGGUCGUACGAUCUAGACGGGCUGUUACCUGUACCGAUAUCGUAGGAGUUAACGGGGAAACCGAAACAGUGUGUGACGAAGAUCAGGACACAGCUGCCAGUGAGCAACCUUCUGCGCGUAGCUACCAUAACCACCACGCAUAUGGCCAUCAUCAGGCAUACGGAUAUGGAUACAAACACGAGCCCAAGAAAUACGAACUAUAUCCAAAGCCUCACUAUGGGUAA